UUGAUAUCUUUUAGCAAAUGAUUUGUAUUUGAGUUUAUUUGAAACUUUGUACUCCAGUAGUCCACUUCAAACAUUUUAUAUGCAUGUUUGGUGUCUCUUAAGAUAACUAGUGUAAGAUUUAACUUUCUUAUUACGAAAAUGUGCUAAUAGUGGGAACUAUUUUAAUGCGGAGAGAACAAGCUCCAGGCGUUAUUUGAACUGUAAACAAUAUGGUUGCCACCGUUCAAAGUUGCCGAUGUAUCAAAGAACUUUAAUUGCCCUCACCAACUAUGGGUCCAUAAAUUCAUGUUACAGAAGGUGAAAGGUGCGUGAAGUGUUUAGGAGCUGAGGCAUUUUUACUUAAUUUCAAAAUGGAUGCGGAUAAAGAUGCCGCGCACCUUGCAGCCAAAUUGUCGACUUUUUUGGAACAGCAACUUCAAGGGUUUGAGAAGAAGACGAAGAUAUCAAGACAGAAGAAAUCAAGAAGUGCACCCAUCCUCGGCCACAUAGACCCACUCCCUAAACCAAAGGCAGAUAGAGCACGGCCCAUAAAGCCACACGAGAAUUCCCCUUUCCUUGGAAUCAACCUUCUUCCACCAGAGAAACAAGCUGCAGAAGCAGCAGAGCCAUCCCAGCUUAGACAGAAAAGUAACAGGUUAAAUGUCCCUCUAAGUCGUCCUGGGUCAACGACAACUCGAGCCACUAGAGCCUCUCAGACAGGAAGAGUGACUUCUGCAGCAUCCACCAGACGAGUACCGUCCAGGCAAUCCAGGGCAGCAGCCUAUGGAAGUGUGGCUGGAGAUUUCAUUAAGUUUCCUAAUGCAGUGCCCUUCCACAAGUCCCCUGUGGUUACAGUGCACCCUAAAGCCAACAAACACAUCAAAUCUCCCUUCAAGCAGAAUGCAAAUACUAUUGAAUUAGAAGUGAGCAAUGUAGCUCCUGGACAAGAUCUCAAGGAGAAGACAGCUUUAGCAACUUACCAUGUGAGCCGAGUCCUGGCACAGCAACCUGUCAAACAGGAGACCAAGCACUUUGGGAGACUGAGGAAGGGAAAGUUGAAACCUUUGUUGGAGCCAGUAGUGUUAGAUGGUCCUUCCAUAGAACAAUGCAGGGGCAUAGUGGCAGAUGCUCAUUGUUACAUGGCAAGUCCCAGUAAGUCCUCUCUGAGAAGAGAACAGCUCCUGAAUUCCCUCACCAAGGAUUACAUAAGAGAACGCCCCAGGACAGCAGAGUCCAUGCACCACACCUCAGAGGCAUCUGACACUGAGGACAGGCAGAGAGAACUCGAGGAGGACUAUGAUGACUUUGAGGAGGAAGA